UAAUUAGCAAUGGGCCUUUCUCUUCAAGUUUAGAGAAAGAAGAAGAAGAAGGAAGCAUCACCACCCUCCUUCCUUCUGCCGUUUGUUUCUCCGUCUUGUCACACAGAAACGGCGUCGUCUACCAUCGUCAAUGGCGGAAGACGAAGUGCUUUACGAGACACGUCUUCAUGUCUCCAGACCUUACACUCCUAAUUACCCUCCUCCUCAACACUCCAACAAGGUUAACCGGGUCGGUUUUUUGUCGAUAAUCAAAGAUAAAUGGAGUGAUUACAGAAAUUACAAUUCUAAUAAUUCAAGAUUAGCGACAAGAAUUAAGAGGAAUUUGUCGCUGUUUAUAUCUCCGAGAGGUGAAUAUGUUGCUGUUGCAAGUGCAAAUCAAAUUACGAUUUUGUCCAAAGAGAAUGAGUAUCAGCAACCUCACGGCAUUUUCACCUGUAGCAGUGGUUGUGUGUUUACGUGCGGGGUUUGGUCGGAAACUCAUGGUGUUUUAGGAGUUGUUGAUGAUAGUGAUACGGUUUAUUUUAUCAAAGUGAAUGGGGAAGAGAUUACGAGAAUUAGUAGACGGCUGUUAAAAGUGAGUUCGUCAAUAGCAGGGUUGAUUCCGCAGGAUGAUGAUGAUAAGGAUGCGCAGCGGAGGUCUUGUUUUUUUGUUAUUAUCACAGCAGAUGGAUGUCUUCGUCAAAUUGAGAUUGGCAAAGAGCCAAGUGCUUCUGUUUCAAAUAGUGAGGUGAAGUUGCCGGGGAAGUUUCCUAAGGAUAUUUUCUGCUUUGACUAUAGUUCGGAAUGUUUGUUGCUUGUUGCUGUUGGUAGUGCAGUUGGCCUCUCGGAAUCAACUGGUGGAAAUUCUGCUGGAUCUUGCAUUCUUUCUCUUUGGUGUAGAAGUCAAAACUUUGAUUUGGAACCAUUGUUUUCUAUUCAGUUUGAAGGCUUAUACUCCAAAUCAAAAGAUGCCAUACUAGCAUGUCCAAAGGUGCUAAUUUCACCACUUGGCAAGUUUGUCGCCACUUUAGAUAUAUCAGGAUGCUUGCACAUUUUCAAGAUGGAUAAAGAAAGCCGUUCACUUUUGAUCUUUGCCGGUGAAGAGAAAUUAGGUUCACAAGGAACCAGUAACUUAACAAACGGACAGAAUGAGCUUUUAAGUGAUGUUGUGGAUUUUACUUGGUGGUCUGACCACAUCAUGACUAUUGCAAAACGUGGCGGCACUGUGACCAUGCUUGAUAUUGUUACUGGCUUAAAGUUUCAAGAGGACGACCAUCUAUAUUCAAUUAUUGUUUUGGAUAGAAUACAGCAGUUUCAAGGACACAUAUUUGUUUUAGAUAGCAAAAUCCCAUCUAAUCAUAGUAGAGAAUCAGGUGAUGUGCACAAUGUAGAGCAGAUCAUGGGAGGCAGAAGUGAUCAAUUUGAUGUUUCCCAGUUGCACUGGAGUCUGAUCUCACUUUCAAAGAUAUCUGUUCCUGAAAUGUACCAUAUCUUAAUUAGUAGUCUUAAAUAUCAAGCUGCCUUGGACUUUGCCAAUCGUCAUGGCUUGGACAGAGAUGAAGUUUUGAAAUCUCAGUGGUUGCACUCUGGCCAAGGAAAAGAUGAUAUAAAUAUGUUUUUGUCCAAAAUAAAGGAUCACAGUUUUGUCAUUUCUGAAUGUGUUGAUAAGGUUGGACCAACAGAAGAUGCUGUAAAAGCUUUACUUUCAUAUGGGCUGCAUGUAACUGAUCAGUUCUGUUUUUCAGAGUCAAAAUCUGAUAAAGGGAGCCAGAUCUGGGAUUUUCGUAUCGCUAGACUUCAGCUGUUGCAAUUCAGGGACAGGCUAGAGACCUAUAUGGGGAUAAACAUGGGCAGGUUUUCUGUACAGGAAUAUAGCAAAUUCCGUGUUAUACUUGUUAGUGAAGUUGCCACAGCACUUGCUGAAAGUGGGAAAAUCGGUGCCCUAAACCUCCUCUUCAAGCGUCAUCCGUAUUCGCUAUCUCCUUCAAUGUUGAAAAUAUUAGCUGCUAUUCCUGAAACUGUUCCUGUUCAAACCUAUGGGCAGCUUCUUCCUGGGAGAUCUCCACCCCCAAGAAUUGCUCUUAGGGAAGAAGAUUGGGUAGAAUGUGAGGAGAUGGUAAACUCUAUCAACAGGCCACCGGAGAAUCAUGAGAUUGGCAUCCAGCUCCGAACUGAGCCCAUUGUCAAACUGUGCCUCGGCUAUCUUUGGCCAUCAUCUAGUGAACUUUCUGAGUGGUACAGGUGUAGAGCUAGAGAUAUUGAUAGCUGUAGUGGCCAGCUUGACAACUGUCUCUUCUUGAUUGAUUUUGCUUGCCGCAAAGGCAUCUCUGAGUUACAGAAGUUUCAUGAAGAUAUUCUAUACUUGCACCAGCUCAUAUAUUCAGAUGAAAAUGAUGCUGACACAUGUUCCAAUAUGAGCCUUAUCUCCUGGGAACAAUUAUCUGAUUAUGAAAAAUUCAGAAUGAUGCUUAAGGGAGUGAAAGAGGAAAAUGUGGUAAAAAAACUGCAUGAUAGGGCAAUUCCAUUUAUGCAAAAUAGGUUUCACAACAUCCCUUUUACUAAAGAUCAGGAUAUAGAUGGGCAUUUUCCCUCAUUUCACAUGGACGAUUCAUUUCUGGUUAAAUGGCUGAAGGAAAUUGCUUCGGAGAAUAAACUGGACAUAUGCUUGAUGGUUAUUGAGGAAGGAUGCAGGGAAUUGCAUGAUAAUGGUUUCUUCAAGGACGAGAUCGAAGCUGUAGAUUGUGCUUUGCAGUGCAUUUAUUUGUGCACUGUUACAGAUAGAUGGAGUAUAAUGGCUGCCUUAUUGACAAAGCUCCCACAGAAGCAAGAUGUUGGAAUAUCUAUUGAGGGCCUUGAGAAACGACUAAAACUUGCUGAAGGUCAUAUUGAAGCAGGGAGGCUUUUGGCAUUGUAUCAGGUUCCAAAGCCAAUGAAGUUUUUCCUGGAAGCUCAUGCAGAUGAAAAAGGUGUAAAACAGAUUCUUCGUCUUAUACUCUCAAAAUUUGUUCGGAGACAGCCAGGUCGAUCAGAUAAUGAUUGGGCAAACAUGUGGCGUGAUGUGCAAUGCUUGCGAGAGAAGGCUUUUCCUUUCCUUGACCCAGAGUAUAUGCUUGUGGAAUUCUGUAGAGGAAUGCUGAAAGCUGGGAAAUUUUCUCUUGCAAGAAAUUAUCUGAAAGGUACAAGUUCUGUAGCCUUAGCAUCAGAGAAAGCAGAAAAUCUUGUUAUUCAAGCAGCACGGGAGUACUUCUUCUCGGCUUCAAGUCUCUCUUGCUCUGAAAUCUGGAAGGCCAAGGAAUGCCUUAAUUUAUUUCCAAAUAGUAGAAAUGUUCAGACAGAGGCUGAUUUAAUUGAUGCUCUCACUGUUAAACUUCCCUACCUUGGAGUGACUCUACUACCUAUGCAGUUCAGGCAAAUAAAGGAUCCUAUGGAGAUCAUCAAAAUGGCAAUCACUAGCCAAGCUGGAGCUUAUCUACAUGUUGAUGAACUCAUUGAGGUUGCCAAACUUCUUGGGUUGAACUCUUCAGAUGAUAUAUCUACUGUUCAGGAAGCUAUUGCUAGAGAAGCUGCAGUUGCAGGUGAUCUGCAAUUGGCAUUUGAUCUCUGCCUUGUUCUUGCCAAAAAAGGGCAUGGUCCUGUUUGGGAUCUAUGUGCUGCAAUAGCAAGGGGUCCUGCCCUUGAAAAUAUUGAUAUAGGCUCUCGAAAGCAGCUGCUAGGUUUUGCUUUGAGUCAUUGUGACGAGGAAUCUAUUGGUGAGUUGCUUCAUGCGUGGAAAGAUCUUGAUAUGCAAGGCCAGUGUGAGAAUUUGUCUAUCUUGACUGGGACAAUUCCGUCCAGCUUCUCAGAUCAAGGUUCCUCCAUUACAUCACUCCCAGCUCAUGGAAUAGAAGAAAUAGUUGACCUCAAAGAUUGCUCUGAACUGGUUGGAGGAGCAGGCAGUGGAGAUCAAGAAAUUUGUUUCAGUAACAUUAAAAACACACUUUCUUUUGUUACUAAAAACUGGCAUGUGGAUAGUGGAACUGAUCUGGAAUCUUUUUUGCGGGAAAAUGGAAAACUUCUAUCUUUUGCCACUAUUCAACUCCCAUGGCUGCUUGAAUUAAGUAAGAAAGCAGAAAAUGGUAAGAAAUUUUCCAACUUUAUUCCUGGAAAGCAUUAUGUCAGCAUAAGAACAGAAGCUGGGGUAACUAUCCUGUCCUGGCUGGCAAGAAAUGGUUUUGCUCCCAGAGAUGAUGUUAUUGCCUCUCUGGCAAAAUCAAUCAUAGAACCACCUGCUACUGAAGAGGAAGACAUCACAGGGUGCUCUUUCUUAUUGAAUCUCGUGGAUGCCUUUAGUGGAGUAGAAAUAAUAGAAGAGCAGCUAAAGAUGCGGGAGAAUUACCAAGAAAUUUGUAGCAUCAUGAAUGUGGGAAUGACAUACAGUUUAUUACAUAACUCUGGAGUUGAGUGCAAGGGUCCGGCUCAGAGGAGAGAGCUGCUGCUGAGGAAGUUUAAAGAGAAGCACAAACUACCUAGUUCAGAUGAAAUGACCAAAAUGGAUGAAGUACAGUCCACGUUUUGGAGGGAAUGGAAGUUCAAAUUAGAAGAAAAAAGACGCGUAGCAGAACGAUCUAGAGAGUUGGAGAAAAUCAUUCCUGGAGUUGAAACUGGGCGUUUUCUGUCUGGUGACCUUGACUACAUCAAGAGUGCUAUUUUCUCCUUGAUUGAAUCAGUAAAGUUGGAAAAGAAGCACAUUAUAAGGGACGUGUUAAAAUUGGUCGAUGCCUAUGGAUUAAAUCACACUGAGGUGCUACAAUGGCAUCUAAAUUAUUUUCUUGUUUCUGAGGUUUGGACUGAUGAUGAUAUUAAGGCUGAAAUUUCAGAGGUCAAGGAAGAAAUAGUUGGCUGUGGUUCUGAAACCAUCAAAACUAUCUCCUUGGUUGUAUACCCUGCAAUUGAUGGGUGCAACAAGAUACGCCUUGCUUGUAUAUAUGGCCUCCUCUCUGAUUGCUACUUGCAGCUGGAAGAAACCAAAGAAUCAUUGUCAACAGCUCAUCCAAAUUCAUCAAAUUUGUCUGCUCUUGAAUUAGCUCAUUUGUACAAGGUGUUUGAGCAAGAAUGUCAAAGGGUUUCCUUUAUUAAUAACCUAAACUUUAAGAAUGUUGCUGGAUUAGAUGGUUUAAAUUUGCAGUCUUUCCGAAAUGAAGUCUUUUCACAUGUUGAUGAAUUUAGCGUGGAAGCCUUGGCAAAAAUGGUACAAGCAUUGGUCAGUAUCUACACUGAUUCAGUACCGGAAGGUCUCAUACUGUGGCCAGAUGUCUACAAACAUUAUGUGAUGAGUUUAUUGAUGAAUUUGGAAAAUAGAGUUAGAACAGAGUUUGAUGUCAGAAAUGCUGAAAAGUUUCAGGACUUUAUGAGUCGACUGGAGCAAACCUAUGAUUUUUGUAGAACAUAUAUCAGGCUUUUGGCACUUUCAGAUUCUUUAGAUAUUAUGAAGCAAUACUUCACAGUGAUUAUACCACUGCAUGAUUCUCAUGAGAGUAUACCAGAUAACUCAAAAUGGCAGGAUUGCCUCAUCAUUCUCUUGAACUUUUGGCUUAAAUUGAGCGAAGAAAUGCAGGAAAUGGCAUUAAAUGAGAGGUCAGUUGGAAAAUUCAGGUUUGAUCCAGAGUUCUUAUCUAGUGGUCUGAAGGUUUUUAUGAGGAUGAUGAUGGAGGACAGUGUUUCACCAAGUCAGGUCUGGGGCACCUUAAUUGGUUAUGCAAGUUGUGGUUUAAUUGGUGAUUUUUCUGUUGAGAUACCAAUUUUCUGCAGAUCUAUGUUAUAUGCUUGUUGCGGGUUUGGAGCCAUUUCAGAAGUAUUCUUGGAAGCAAUGUCGAAGUGUGCCAUCAGUUCAGCUCCAACUGCUGACAAUGAAUCCCUGGAUCUUCCUCAUCUCUAUAUAAAUAUGUUGGAGCCGAUUCUAAGAGAUUUGGUUGGUGGAUCCCAUGACCACCAGAAUUUGUAUCAAUUUUUGUCAUCUCUGAGUAAGUUGGAAGGUCAAAUAGAGGAUUUGCAGAGAGUCAGGCAUGCAGUUUGGGAAAGAAUGGCCCAAUUCUCUAAUAAUUUGGAGCUCCCUAGCCAUGUUCGAGUUUAUGUUCUAGAGAUUAUGCAGUUCAUAACAGGUAGAAACAUUAAGGGCUUCCCUACAGAGCUAGAAUCUAAUCUAUUAUCAUGGGAAGGAUGGGAUGGGUUGAUCUCUACCAGUAAAAAGAGUGAGACUUCUGCAAAUCAGGGGUUGCCUGAUCAUAUAGAUACUUCUAGCAGGUUUACAAGUACACUGGUUGCCCUCAAAUCAUCUCAGCUUGCAUCCUCCAUAUCCCCUAGGAUAGAAAUUACCCCUGAUGAUCUCGUGAAUAUUGAGACUGCAGUCUCUUGCUUCUUGAAGUUGUGUGCAUCUUCCUGUACAGAACCUCAUUUUGAUGCAUUGAUAGGCAUUUUAGAAGAGUGGGAAGGUUUUUUUGUAACGGCAAAAGAUGAAGUAGAUACCACAGAAGCAGAAAAUUGCUGGAGUAAUGAUGGCUGGGAUGAAGGAUGGGAAAGCUUUCAGGACGAAGAAGCUCCUGAGAAAGAGAAGACAGAGAAUUCUAAUCAUGUUCAUCCUUUACAUGUUUGUUGGAUGGAAAUUAUCAAAAAGCUCAUCGGGUUGUCCCAGUUUAAGGAUGUGUCAAGGCUGAUUGAUCGAUCUCUUUCAAAAACUUAUGGAAUAUUGCUUGAUGAAGAUGAUGCUAGGAGCUUGAGCCAGGCUGUACUUGAGAAGGAUUCUUUUAUGGCUCUAAAAAUGGUGCUUCUUCUGCCUUAUGAAGCAAUACAGUUGCAGUGUUUGGAUGUAGUUGAAGACAAGCUGAAACAAGGAGGGAUUUCGGACUUGGCUGGCAGGGACCAUGAGUUCUUAAUGCUCGUGUUAUCUUCUGGGGUUAUCUCAACUAUAAUCGCCAAACCCUCUUACAGCACCACUUUCUCUUAUCUCUGCUAUUUGGUUGGGAAUUUCUCACGCCAGAGUCAGGAAGCUCAGUCAUCAACAAUCAUGAACAAGGGAACAAAUGAACAUGUAAACACAGAGAAAGACGUGUUAUUACUUUUCAGAAGAAUCAUGUUCCCCUGCUUCAUUUCAGAGCUUGUGAAGGGCGAUCAGCAGAUCCUAGCAGGAUUUCUCAUUACCAAAUUUAUGCACACAAAUCCUUCUCUCAGUCUCAUUAACAUCACAGAGGCUAGUCUUAGUAGGUACUUGGAGAGGCAGCUCCAUGCACUGCAGCAAGCUGACUUUUCUGCCGAGGAGAUAAUUUCCUGCGAAAUGUUUAAGAAUACAGUCUCCAGAUUGACUAUCAAGUUGCAAGAUCUGAUCCAGUCUGCAUUGCCAUUGAUUUCUAGCAAUGCUAGAUGAUAGGCUUGUUAGAAGAUUUUCAUGUCAGAAUAGCAGUUGUAUAAACUAUCUUAUGAACUCUUCAUUUUUGCCCCUGAAGGGGGGUAGAGAGGGUUUGAUUUUAAAAAACCCAUCUAGAUCACAACACACGUGUGUGCAUUGUUCCUUCCCUGGUUUUGUAAAAGAAGAUAGGGUUAGCCUGGUUCUUCGGUCCACUGGCCUUUCCCAGUAAGAUUUUUCAAUUUUGCAACCUGGAAUCGCUUGAACUUUUUUAUUUUGUGUUUCAACUGUAGGAUAUUUUUGAACCUGUUUUUUCCAUCAAUAUCUCUCUUUCCUGAUUAGUUCUUAGUUAGGUUAUUUAGUUCUUAAGGAGAUAUAUAAAGACCUGAAUUGGAUUGGUGUAUUCAUGAGAAUUUUAGAUAGACUAUUAUUUGUCUAAGCAAAUAUGUUUAACCAUUAAAUGUAUUGGAAAGCCUACUGCUACAUAUAACAUUCAUUUAUAGUCUUUUGGUUUGAAAUGUUUCCAUGGCCUUUUCCUUCAACUGUGUUUAUUAUGUUGAGUUUCUUUUCUUGGGCAGUAUGGGAGAGCUGGAAAAUUAUCUGGUUUGAAAGAGUAAUAAUCUAUUUUGUUUGUGAUAAAGGACAAUGUACCAAUCCUCCCAGGUGAUGCUUAUGCCAUCAACAAUGCCUUGUCGGCUGAGGGUGCAGCUGAUGAUUAUGAAACCUGUCUCAAACUUUUGGUUCAUACUGGCGUGGUAGAUAAAUCUUCAUUGAGUGGACUCCCAAAGUUUGAUCGGAUGCUUAUCGGCACGGUCUGGAUGGGCAUGUAGCUUCUGUUUUCCCUAGACAUCCACUCCUCAAGGAAAAUCAGGAAUGGGUUACAUCAGUCUCUCCAAAACCACCUCCAGAGAGAAUCACCUUUACUUUCCCUGUGAUCAAUUCUUCUGAACAUAUUGCACUUGUGUGUGGCGCUGGUAAAGCUGGGGUGGUGGAAUCAGCAGUGGGAAAUAAUCAGAAUUCUGAUGCAAAUGAUUCAAAGCUGCAGGAUUGCAUGUCUUAGCUGAUGAUUUCAUCCCGUCCAAGUAUAUACUAUAUAGAACUAGCAGCAUGUUUGUUUUCUCCUGUGUGGUUGAUGAUCAACAAUGGAUCGUGCCUUCAGAAUACAGAGAUUCGCCUCCCAGUCCUCAACCUUCCUGCCUGUGGAGUUCUCAGGGGCGAUAAUAUCUUGUCAGCUUUUCCAAAGUUUACACACCCACACCCACACCCUUUUCUGUCAUAAAUCUCUAAUGAUUGUUUUAGCUUAAUUGUUGUUUGAUAAUUACCAACACCCUUAAUAUACAUAGCUUUUGAUAAAAACUUUUUAUCAAAAUAAUAAUAUUUUUUAAAUUCAUCAA